UCCAACAUCGCCUUCCAGCUUCGUAGACAUUCUGCUGCCUCCUGUAUCACCAGACUCAUUGGAUCUAUAAUAGGAGUCCAAGAGUCGUUGUACGGCUCUCGAAGGCAAGUUCGCCAUCUCUCUUCCUCUCAUCGACUAGGUUCUCAACUCCGACUGGCAUUCUCAGCUGGUGUAUUAUCCUAUUAUCCUGCUUUAUCUUUAUCUUUCUUUAUCUAGCCAACGUCUCAACUCCAUCUUUGAGCCCCUGGUGAGAGAUAUGGAUGUCCAUUUGCUUGUUUACGACCUCUCUGGGGGCCUGGCCAGGCAGAUGUCCGCACAGCUGCUCGGCUUCCAGCUCGAGGCGAUAUAUCAUACAUCUAUCAAACUGAACAGCCUAGAAUAUGUCUAUGAUGGCGCUGUGGUCUCCAUUAUCCCUGGUUCCUCCCAUCUUGGUCGACCUUUGGAGGAAAUCCACCUCGGUCGGACCGAGCUGCCCAUGGAUGUUAUCGAGGAGUUCUUGGACUCGUUGAGGGAGAUCUACACGGUCGAGGCAUAUGACCUCUGGAAGCAUAACUGCAAUAACUUCUCGAACGACUUGGCCACCUUCCUGCUUGGCAGGGGAAUACCGGAUCAUAUCGUCAACAUGCCUCAAGCAGUUCUCGACUCGCCGAUGGGCAGAAUGCUCCUUCCAGCCCUUAACCAGCAAAUAAACGCCAAAAAACGUGGCGGCGGUAUUCUCGGCAUCCAAGAGAGCUCAGCCGGUAGCUCUAGCAAGCCGACGGCGGAGUUCCACCAUCAUCAGGCAGUAGUGAGAAACAUUGCCGAUAACGGGGCUCUUGAAUCGCACCUGUUGACCGCAAAGAAUUCCUGUGCUGUCAUUUUCUUCACGUCAGCUACCUGCGCUCCGUGCAGGACGCUCUAUCCCGUCUAUGAUGAGUUGGCAGCCGAGGUUGGCAACAAAGGCGUUCUCAUCAAGGUCGAUAUCUCGCAAGCAUAUGAUGUUGGCAGUAAAUACUCGGUUUCGGCCACACCAACGUUCAUCACCUUCCUUCGGGGCCAACAAGAGAACCGGUGGACUGGUGCUGAUCCCAGUGCCCUGAGGGGCAAUGUACAGCUCCUAGUGCAGAUGGCCUGGCCUCCACAUCCACACCAGUCGUUGAACCUGCCUACCUUGUCGAACCCGAACGCAAAACCCGUCAUUUUCACCAAAAUACCUCCCCUGCCAAAGCUGCUCGCCAAGAUGGGCUCGGCGGCCGAGGAUCCUUCGGUCCAGGGUAUCAAAAAGUUUAUCGAGCUCCGGUCGAGUGAAGGCCCCGCUGAGGCAAGCCUUCCGGAUAUGGGCGGAUUCACGGCCUUCGUGCGCGAUUCUAUCCAGAGGCUUCCUACUGAGCUCAUGUUUACUGUUAUCGACCUCCUCAGAUGCGGCCUCGUCGAUCCCCGGUUCAGCGGAUAUAUGGCCGAGGAGAAGGGGCAUCAAACAGUGUUAUCGGUCCUGGAGUACGUUAACGGGCUCGGAGAAUGCCCAUACGCUCUGCGACUAGUGGCCUUGCAGAUGACCUGCAAUCUCUUCACCAGCCCGCUAUAUCCGGACCAGAUACUCGGCUACGACAAACUCAGAACAGCUAUAACAAUGUUGAUCUCAACGAGCUUCCUUGACGAUAACCACAGUAGUGUGAGGGUGGCUGCCGCUUCAUUGCUGUUCGAUGUUUCUUUAUACAACAGCUUGAAGCGCAGGGACGGCCCAGGAGACGUCUUGGCAGAAGGAGAUCAAAUCGAGCUGGCAGCUUCCACGCUGGAAGCCAUCUCGCAGGAGGAAUCAUCUUCGGAAGCACUAGAAGGGAUGCUUCGGGCCCUGGGUUAUCUCGUGUACCGCUUACCACUGGAUGGCGAGCUUUCGGAUUUACUGAGGACGAUGGAUGCGGAAGACACUGUCCUGUCCAAGAGGAAGCACUUCCCGAAUAUGGCACUGGUCUCUGAAAUAGGGUUGGAGUUGCUUGGCAAGGGAUUGAAGAGGACUUAGAGAAUCCAUAAGCAAGGGUGUCCAGAUAGAGUUGCCGCGCGCAUUGGACUGCAUGAGCUGCUGCUCAACAGUGGCGGCAUCAUGAUAUCAUCCUCGCGCAGCAUUAGAUCACGAUAACUAUAAACUAUAAACCAUGGAACCCGACGCAAUGCCGCUUACCGCAAUUAUUUUUCGGGGUUGGGCAGAUCGGGAGGAGCUUAACCUCCACUAUUCUCCUUUCCUCCAAAAUCCUUAAUGGAAGAGGAGCUCCACUAGGUGUACGCCUGUCUGCCAACAAAGCAACAUCCAAGGUUCCAUGAUAUUAACCAUGAUAUUACCUUGGACUUGGCAAGUCCAGGUGCAAGAUAAAGGGGGUCUUCCAGGUACCUUGUACUGUGUAGACCAUGGAAUGCUGGGGAUGUGGAGCAUGCAUGACAGGGGUGCUUUGUCAGCACAGGGAUUGUCCAGAUUGUAGAUUUCGAGGCCAAAUGUGAAGCCAGAGAUUUCGAACCCAGA